AGCGGCCGAUGCAAAUGGUGAGUGAGCAAGGUUUAAAGAAGAGAUGGAGAGGCGUUUCAAGGUAGGGGAUGGCCUGCUCACAAAAGAAGAAAUGGAAAUGUUGAGACGGGACGAGUUCUCCAUGGUAGGGGCCUUUGCCACAGCAUUUGAGAAGAUGGCAAAGAAAGUCCCAGGGCUGGCAGAAGAAGAACAGUGUGCCACUUUCUUGGGGCACUUCAAGAAUUGGGAAGCCUCGUCGCUAACCAAGAAAGCUGCGCCAGGAAAGAAACUGACUUGGGGUGCCAUAAAAGAAGGCGUGCUAGAGGGAGAGUUGGACCAGGUAGACAUCUUCCAGAUGAAACUGGCUAGGAAGAAAAGGAAGACUUUGGAUACUAUCGCUAGUGAGGGGCGCAACUUCAAGCUAAUGAUAGAAGAGGCUGUGGCCCAGCACGAUGCAGAGAAGGAGGCAAGAAAGAAGGCUAUGGCGGUGCCACAAGCCCAAGGGAAAGGAAAGAAGGUGGCAGUGCUAGAGGAGGAGGAAGAAGAAGAAGAGGAGCCUGAACCACAAAAGUUGACAAAGGCUCAAAGGAAGGCAAGGAACACGACUCAAGGAGGGCAAGGCUCAGGAAAAGGUCAAGCCCCGCAGGCUGUGGCGAUGCCACCCCCAGAGUCGUCCGGUCAAGCCGCACCAGCACCCUAUGGGUUAUGGCCAGGUUGUGGACCUCCCAGUCAUUGGCAUGGGCACUGUUCAUAUGCACCAUGGCCAACGGGCGGGCCGCAUGGAUCAUGUGUCCGAGCGCCGAUGAGUACGGCUUCCUGUGGAUGGCCGGGACCCCAGUCUCAACAGUACAUAGACCCGAGAAUCCCAGGGGGGAUACGGGAUGAAGCUCUGUGCCGUGCUAGUGCCCCAGCUCCACCAGCUCCUCCGACCGCUUUCCGUAUUUGGCAAGAAGUAGAAGACCGUCAGGGCGUAAGGAUAGAGGAGAUAAGCGAAAAUGAAGAGGUUGAACAGGGAUUGAGGGUCGACACCAUAAAGAAGGAGCCUAUAGUGGUUGAAUCCGACGACGACGAGCAAGACGGUGGUCACGGCAGGGCAAGAGAUACGAUGGAGAGAAUGGAGGACCUGCUGACAAAAAUAAGGAGGUACCAGGAUAAGCUGACCACUCUUUGUGAGGAGGUCAACAGGUGGAAAGGAGAAUUACCAUUGGUGUACCUUAUCGAUUCAAGCCUAGGGGCACAAGGCGGGUCUGGAAACCUGCCCAGAGUGACUGUCACGGCGCCAACUCCUAGGUUUGGGAUGACCUUCAGGCCGCCGUCAAGAGCAGGAAGGGCAGCUUUGGCAGCACACACUAGAUCGAAGGGAGCGCCCGACUCAAGCCAGCCCACUCAGGACAACCCGGGACCCAGUGGCGAGAAAGAGACGGUAGAGAUUCCCGAGGAUGAGGAGGAUGAGGAUGAAAGGUUUAGGACGGAAGAGGACAAGAAGGCUGAAGAAAGAGCCAAGAAGAGGGAUGCAAAGGCCGACGCUAGUAAGGAACAAGAGGGCAAGAAAAGAAAGUAUAAGGUCAGAAUGGAGAAGGGGUUUGACGUGGAAGGAAUGGUCGAUCGACUCCUUGAGGGCCAUAACGACCUAAUGAACUUAAAAGAUAUCCUCGCCUCCGCUAAAAAAUUGAGGGACGAGCUGAAGGCUCGAUUGUCCAGAAGGGUCCUAGACUUGCUAAAGGAGCAUAACCUCACUGCAAGGCCAACUGCGCUAGGAGGUGUGUUGAUUCAGCAAGACCUUAACGGAGAAGAGCAGCCACUAAGGUUUGAAAGUCGCACGCUUAACACAACUGAGAGAAAUUACUCUCAGUUUAAGCGCGAGACCUUGGCGGUUCUCCAUUGCUUAAGGAUCUUUAGAAACUACCUCUUCGGCAGCAGGUUCGUGUUGAGGGUGGACCUAACUGCUCUAGCCGGUUCUCUCAAGAAUUUCGCCCCAUCAGACCCGACUAUCGCCAGGUGGUUAACAUACAUCUGGAUGUUCGAUUUUGAAUUAGAGCGAAUUCCAGGAAAUAAAAAUAGAGCAGACGGAUUGAGUCGAGUCGACUGGGACAAAAAUAAUCAAGGAGUGAUCGAGGAUACUUCGCCAGUCGACGGGUUUCUGGACAGUGAGGUGGAUGUGAGACUUCACAUCAACUCCUGGUCGAUGGUCGUGGGUAACUACGUUACUCCUGGACAACAUGUGUGGCUCGCGCCUCCAGGACAUGUACGACGACCAGAUCUAGUUCUUAAGCCCUGCAUUGAGGAAGAUUCAUGGGGAGUGUCAAACGUGCAGUGGAUGAUGAAUCUGGCCUUAGCAGACAAAUACCAGUUGCACAAAGACCUACUCACGAUGGAAAAUGGGGCGCAACAGGUGGAAGGGCACGAGACUUCGAUAGGUGGGAUAUACCUCUUGGCCAAUGCUCUACUUCAAGACGAGGUGGCAAGGAUCAGGGAUCAGCGGCAAGGCAAGAAUGAGAAUGUAGUUCACGAAGGAGAGGACGACGAUUUUGAAGAGGGAGAGAUAAAAGAGGCUUUUUGCACGGAGGAGUAUGACGGGAUAUAUCUGGAAUUAGGAAUGCUCCUUUCGUGCGAAAUGAGAGAAAGAGAUGCGUGCGAGAAAGUUCUCAAGAUGCGACCAAACUUCUUAGUAAGGGAUAGCCAUCUAUUUAUGAGGAGUAAAGGGAAGACUCCAAGAAGGGUAGUCUGCGGCAUCGCUCGUCAGAUCGACGUCAUAGCUGCCCUAUAUGAUGGUAAGGCAGGUGGCCAUAGGAGUAAGGAUACAACUUUCCUCAAAAUACACGAGCUAUACUAUUGGGAUGACAUGGGACGAAUGAUCAACGAUUAUUGCAAGUCAUGUGUUCCAUGCCAGCAGCGGUCUUCCAUUAGACCUAGGGAGCUGCUUCACCCAAGGUACAUAUGCGAGGUUGGGGCGGUCGUACAUUUGGACUUAUUGGCAAUGCCGUUGGGAGUAGGUGAGUAUAACUUCAUCUUCGAUGCACGAGACAACCUCUCCGGUUUUGUAGAUGGCAGAGCCAUACGCACAAAAACUGGUGAGACCUUGGCUCGAUGCAUUGAGGAGUAUUACCUCCGCUACCCUUUUGUCUCCAAAUUCGUAAUGGACAGAGGGUCCGAAUUCACUUGUGCUGAGGUGAAAGAACUGCUGAGAGGGUAUGGAGUGAUCGCAGAGUAUACUACUACGGCGCACCCUCAAGCUAAUGCACCUGUGGAGAGGGGUCAUAGUACAAUUACGAAUCUCCUCGCUAAGUGGACGAAUGGUAGGCCAAAACAGUGGCCUAACUUCCUAAGGGUCGCCUUCUUCAUGGAUAACAUCACUGUCAGAAGAAGCACCAACUACGCGCCAACAACGUUGUGGUAUGACAGACAUGCGACCUUCCCUAUCGAAAGCUUCCUAAAGACUUGGAGGCGGCAGGACCUCGAGACAAACUUGUCAUUUGAGGAACUGUUAGACUUAAGGGCUUGUCAGAUUAAUGCCAUAGAGGACAGAAUUGAAACUGCAGCGAGUAAGGUGGCUGACAACCGACAGAGGGAUAAGUUCAGGUGGGAUAAGAUGGCAAGGGUAAGGAAGGAGCCUCUCAAGGUGGGCGACGUUGUGCUACUAUACGAUUCAUCCUUAGAGAAGCAGUGGUCGCGAAAGUUGGACAAGAGGUGGUUAGGACCAUACAGGGUCGCGAGGAGUAGAGAGCGUGGGGCAUACCAGAUUGAAGAGCUGAAUGGGACUGCCUGGAAAGAUUGGGUGUCAGGCUCGAGGUUGAAGAAGUUUGUCGCUCGAGACGAGCUUGAAACCAGUUUUUGGGCAGCCAUGCUAAGAGGGAAGGGAGGGGCAGGGCCAGUGGAAACCCCUCUGGGGGUUACCAGACAGGGGGUGCAGGUGAGGGCCAGGAGAGAGGAUAGGCCACCCAUUUAUACAGGAGACAACGUUGAGUUGUUCAUGGUUGGGUUCAUGAGGCACGGUCAUGAGUUUGGAUGGGAUAGUAGCAGGAUGCUGCGGGAGGUGCGAGGAGCAGGCGAGUGGGCACAACCCCUUGCCAACUUCGUCAGGGAGUCAUUGACCUGGCAGGAUUUUGAGCAGAAGAUGGAGAGCUUGCACCCAUCGCCGCUAGGAAGAGAUGAACGGCCCAUUCGUUUCGAUGCCACUAACCUGUGGGAGUUCCUGAAGGGCUACGACGAGUUUGCAGAUAGCAUCAACGAGCCACCAAGCCAGAGGGUGAGAGGUUUUAUUCUGUUUGUGAGGGAACACCUCAGGCCGUUCGUCAGAUCUAUUGUGGAGCCUGCCCAGAACUGGGGCCAUUGCAAGAAAUUGCUUUGGAACCACUAUACUCCGGCGCGUCAGGCUGACGAGAGAAGGAGUAUGGGAAGAAAGAGGAAGGAGCCAGAAACUGCAGAGAGGAGAACCUCUGAGCAGGGCAUGACCUCAGGAGCUCAGAGGGAUGGCCAGAGGAGAGAGCACAGGUCCCAGAGGCAGGAGAGACGGGAGGACCAGCAUAUUGGCAGGACUCAACAGAAAGAGGAGCAGACUGUAGAGAGGACCCAAAGGGGAGGACCCUCAGAGGGAUCAGAUAUACCUCCUCAGCCUGCUCAGAUACCUGAAGCCACUCCUAGGCCAGGCAUGCAGCCAGAGACGUCUCAUAGGGCACAGGGUCAGGGACAGGAUGAGGAUCAGGCUGCAAGAGAGAAGGAACAGGACAAGGAAGAGAGAGCAACAAUAGAGAGAAAAAUCAGAGUCCAAAUCAGACUCAAGAACAUGACGGAGUUGCACGAGAAAGUUGAGCAGGGAGAGCAGUCUGUGAUACUAGAAGACAGAGAGGGAAAUGGCUCACCCACUCAAGACGAUGAGACUCCUCUUUUCACGGAGGCUUGGGACAACUUUGAUAAGCUGUUGGAGGCAGCAGGGAGACCCAAAGAGCAGCAUCAGGAGAUGGGGGUUAAGCUGGUCUCUACAGACUUGAUUAACUUGAAGGGCCUUACGAAGGAAGGCUUUGCGACGGCCAAGACUUCUGAUGAAAAGAUGGAGAAGAGGUUGACAAGGGUAGCGCGGGCGUCUCAUGAGCAGAAAAUGAACUGGCAGAAAGAAAUUGGUGAUCUGAAGAAGGAGUUUGAGAGACCGGACAAGAAGAUGGAAGCCAUGAAGACUGAGGUGGAGAAGGCCUGGGCAGGCAACGAGGCCAUCAGACAGGUCAACCAGACCCUCAACAAAGUCAACGACACCCUGAGGACCAACUUGCAGGUACAACAUAAUAUUUUUCAGGCAAAGGAAGCCAAGUGGGAGAAAAGGAUAGAGGAUCUUGAGGCCAAAUGUGUACAACAGGCGCCGACUACGGUGGUGGAUUGGACAGAGGUCAAGGGGUUUGAGAUCAGGAAGCAGCCUGCAGAGGAGGCCUUCAAGUGUCAGAAGGUGGAAGAGAGGGCAAACGAGCAGAAGGAUGAGGAAAUCCCCCUGCUAGAUAAGGAGAUGUUGCAGCCUAAGGAGGCUCUAGCAAGGACGGGGUCAGAGACUGGGGGGUUUGAGUGGAGGAUGCCCACAGCCUUGGCACAUGAGGUGAGGUCACCAGCAGAGGAUGCGAUGAAUGAGGCUGCACUUCCCAUGACUCAGGGGGAGACUGUGGGGCGACAGGAGGUUCAGGAGAGUGUGGGACAGGCCAUGGCUGAGGCUGAGGAAAGGGAGGAGCGGGAGGUCUCUCAGAAGACCCCACCACCUCAGGAUAUGCCUCUGGUUGCAGGUCUGGAGGAUGCACAGGGAUCUUGGGCCACUGAAUCCGGGGCAGAGGAGUGAGUGAGUGAGCAGAUGGCGCAAACAGAUGACAGAGCAACAUGCCCCAUUCC